AUGUCUUGCCACGGGUGUAGUUCUGCGCUAAGAGAGAAUAAUUAUUUGAAAUGUAAUGGUUGCAAAUCAGAGUAUUGUUUCGCAUGCCUUAACUUAACUGAUGAUUCAAGUAAGUUACUUACACCGGAACAAAUAAAAUCAUUAAGUUGCCCCUACUGUCGGAACGUCACGCGGCGCAUAAACAAUGACGACACGCCUUGCCGCCCGAGAUAUCAAAAAGGGCAGGCGCAAUCGAUAAAUGUUUCUUUUUGCGACGUGACUCAUAACAACACUGCUAAUACUAGUGUUGGUAUCUCCACGGACACCGGGCUAGCAAAGGAACCCGUUACGAUGGAAAGUAUUAGCAAACUUUUUGACUUAAAGAUGGCGCCAGACUCCACAAUUAUGAUAAAUUUGAGAGCAGCACUUAAUAAGGACAUCGAAAAAAUGGUGGCUGUGCACGUCAACAGAGCAAUUGAGAACUUGAAGACUGAUUUCUCAUCUACCACGGACUAUUUGGCCGCUGAGCAAGCAGAUUUAAGAUCCGAGAUUAGACAAAAGGACAACCUUGUUAAGCAGUUGCAAACUGACAUAUCAAAAUGUCAAAAUUCACUUGCUAAAUAUCAGUCACGAAUUCAAACUAUUGAAAAAAUCUCACGCGACAUGAAUAUUGAGGUACAUGAGGUGCCAGAGAACAAAAGCGAAAACUUACCUGGCAUAUUCAAAAAACUCUGCGAGUGCUUGCAGGUUGACAUUCCUGAAAACGAUGUAAAAGCCUGUCGUCGAGUUUCGAAAAUGAAUCCUUCGUCUGGGCGACCACGCAAUAUUCUUGUUACCCUUUCAUCUCAGAGACAACGUGAUUUGGUUCUAUCGUCGGUCACUCGUUUCAACAAAGCUCAUCCUAGAGAUAGACUCGCCUCUACACACAUUGGCUUUACGGGAGAAACCCGCAGGAUUUAUGUGGCUGAACACCUUUCGCCAGAAACAAAGGAAGUGCACAGUGUGGCGAGGAAAUUUUGCAGAGACAAUAAUUUUAAGUAUGUGUGGGUUCGUUUCGGGCAAGUGUAUAUACGUAAAGAUGAACAAAGUCAAGCACAGCACAUCAAAACCAUUGAAUGUCUCAACAAGCUAUUAUAA